AUGGCGCAGAAUAUUGACUUUGACGAGGAAGACGCAGCUCAGCUCCAGUUUCCAAAGGAGUUUGCAGAAACCACGACGCUCAUGAAUUCGGAAGUCAAAGUUCUCCUCGAGCAUAGGAUGAAAAACGACGAAGGAAGACGAGAUGAUGUCGAGCUUUCGGAAGUAUUCCAGAAGACACUUGACUACUGCAAGCGAUUCUCCAAGUUCAAGAAUCAAGACGUCAUUGUCAACGUCAGAACUAUGCUGACGGCAAAGCGGCUACAUCGUUUUGAAAUCGCUGCGCUCGCCAAUCUUUGCCCUGAAACCGCUGAUGAAGCUAAAGCGUUGAUUCCCAGUUUGGAGGGCCGCUUCCCUGACGAAGAACUCCAGCAAAUGUUGGACGACAUGGCUACGCAGCGAAGUUUCCAAAGCUGA